UAAACAUCUCGGGGAGCGCAUGCACAGCCACACGCUUCCACGUCGGUCCUCAGCCGAAAUGCAGCCAGUUGCAGCCAAACUACCGCUCGUGCACAGAACACCUUUUUCUGUGAAGGAUAUUUUGGACCCCACGAAAUUUAUAAGGAAAAUAUUCAGUUCUUCAGAUGCAGCAGCUACAGAAGCCUCUACCGAAAGAGAUGAACCCAGAGAGAGGCAGCUUCCCCCGGCAGGUGAGAGCUGCAGCCCGGAGGAGGUGGCGCUGAGUCCGGGGAAGCUCGACGAGUCCAAUGCAAAAAAGAGCCGACGCAUCCGCACCGCGUUCAGCCUGGAGCAGCUGCAGGUCCUGGAGCGCAGCUUCCACCGGUGUCACUACCUGUCGGUGCUGGAGCGACACACCAUCGCCUCGGCCCUCCGCCUCUCAGAGACCCAGGUGAAGAUCUGGUUUCAGAACAGACGCACCAAGUGGAAGAAGGAGCGUGUGCAGGGCAGCGAGCCUGAGGAGGAGCACGGCUUCUCGGCGUCCUUCACCUCCCACCCGGCUCUGUGCUCCUGUCCCAGCUGUCUGCCGCUGCUCUGCCGCCACCUGCAGCUCCGUGCGCCGCGGCUGCCGAUGUCGCUGCUGCCCCAUCACCUCUACUACAUGUAG